UCGAAAAAUAGCCAGAAGUUUGAGUAUUCAGCGUUCCGUUUGACUACAAAACUUCUCCUGUACUGCAUGGGCUUGUGGCCCGUAAAAAAUCCCUCAUUAUUGUAUCGCUCGCUCCCAUACAUUUGCUUCUUCGCAUCUGCAUUCUCCGGUUUAGCUGUUAUAAGAUUCAUCUACCAUUACAUAACUCGAGUUUCAGUUACUCUCAAAGGCAUGACAAUUGGGACUAGUCUGAUGCUGUCGAUGCUGAAGAUAUCGUCACUGAUGGUUCAUCGCAAACAGGGAAUCGAGCUCCAUUACACACUGGACGGAUACUUCUCAGCAGCUCUAAAUGAUGAAAGACUGACGCAGCGUGUGCUGGUGGGAAUCACCACUGUCCGACGAUUGUGUUGGAUAAUGAUUCCAACGAUUCUGAUAACCGUUGGAGGGUACGUCAUGAGACCCAUCGUCAGCAUCUUGUCGCAGAAGCAACGUCGCAUUGACUCUGUUGAAUACACAUUGAUCUACCCUGGACUCUACCCUUGGACCGUAUCCGACGGAUUCUUCUAUCAGAUUCACCUCACCCUUGAAUUCAUAGCUUCAAUCACAGUGUGGUGUGUCACGUGCGGCAUGGACGCACUUUUCGCUUACUACGUGUUCCAGAUUGUCGGCCAGCUUCGAGUCAUGUCAUAUCGUUUGACUCACCUUGAAGACCAGAAGGACAUUGACGUUGUCAUCAAGGAUUGCACCCAGCAGUACGUGGUGUUACUGAAAUGCCGGGACGCCCUUCAAGAAAUAUUUGGACCUGUCAUCAUGUGGGUGAUGUGGACCACCGCCAUUGUCCUCUGCGCAUUGAUAUAUCAGCUGUCAUCGCAACUGAGGGAUCUGUCGAUUGGACGCUGGAUCUGGACUCUGGCGUACAUGAUCCCGAAAAUCACUCAGGCUUACAUAUACGGCUGGUGUGGAUCGUACCUCAACGCCGAGAGUGAAAAAUACCGAUCCGCGAUUUAUCACACCAACUGGUCAGUCUCGAACAGAAAUACGGCGUCAUCAAUCAUUAUUAUGCUGAGUCAGCGGGGAAUUAAUCUGGUGGUGUACAAAUUUUUCUACUUGACUGUCAACAUGUUCCUUAUGAUUCUCAAGACAACAGUGUCAUACUAUUUUCUACUUAAACACUUGGAGCAGCCGUCAUAAUGCGUGAAUAUAACUUGGACAUGAAGUUUGUUCAUAAUCCUGGAUGAAAGCCGCAAGUUCUGUAUUAUUUCAGUGACUCAAUGUUCU